CUGGGCAACCUGGGGCGCGCUGCUGCUGCUGGGCUUCUCGGGGCUUCGCAGUGGCCUGGGGUCGUCACUACUGACAGAAGCCCCAUCUUCAUCCUUUCCCCUCCUGUGCGAGGGAAGAAAGACCGCGUCCCCACAGCCUCCUGUCCCCAGGCGUCUGCUGCGCCGGCGACGAUUUCCGAGGCGCCGGUUCCUGCAGUGGAUGCGAAAGCGCAUCGUGGGAAAGGGCGGGGGCAAGGCGUGUAAUAAUCAUACGUUCCUGAAGGUUCUGUUGCAAAAUGUGAAAACGAAGGAGAGGAGCUCCAGAUCCCGUUCAUCACAGAUAAUCCAUGUAUAAUGUGUAUGUGCCUGAACAAGGAAGUGACUUGCAAGCGGGAGAAGUGCCCGGGGUUGCCACGGGACUGUGCUCUGGCCAUCAAGCAGAGGGGCACCUGCUGUGAGAGCUGCAAAGGUUGCACCUAUGAAGGGAACACCUACAAUAGCUCCUUCAAGUGGCAGAGUCCCACCAAACCCUGUGUCCUGCACCAGUGCCAGGAAGGCGUUGUCACAGAGUCUGAGCUGCAUUGUGUUGUUCAUUGUGGAAACCCAAUGGAACACCCAGGAGCCUGCUGCCCAACCUGUCCAGGCUGUGUGUUUGAAGGCGUGCAGUACGAAGAGGGAGAGGAGUUUCAGCCAGAAGGGAGCAAGUGCACCAAGUGUUCCUGCCUCGGAGGCAGGACACAGUGCGUGAGAGAAGUCUGUCCCAUUCUCUCUUGUCCCCAGCACCUUAGUCACACACCCCCAGGACAGUGCUGCCCCAAAUGCUUGGGUCAGAGGAAGGUGUUUGACCUUCCUUUUGGGAGCUGCCUCUUUCACAGCAAUGUGUAUGACAAUGGAUCUUCAUUUCUCUAUGACAACUGCACAGCAUGUACCUGUAAGGACUCCACCAUGGUGUGUAAGAAGAAAUGCUCCCAGCCUGGUAGCUGUGACAGAGAUGAGGAGGCCUGUUGUGAGCAAUGCCUCCUGCAAUUGCCCCUGGACAACAUUAGCGUGUGCAAGUUUGGCAACAAGAUUUUCCAGGAGGGUGAGGUGUGGUCUUUGGCCAACUGUACCAUCUGUGCCUGUGUGACUGGCAAGACAGAGUGUCGCAGGAAGCAGUGUGUGCCCGUCAGCAGUUGCCCACAGGGUAAAAUUCUCAACCGAAAAGGAUGCUGCCCUAUUUGCACUGAAAAGCCCGGAGUCUGCACCGUGUUUGGAGACCCUCACUACAACACUUUUGAUGGCCGGACCUUUAACUUUCAGGGCACAUGUCAGUAUGUGUUGACCAGAGACUGCUCCUCCCCUGCCUCAUCCUUCCAGGUGCUGGUGAAGAAUGAUGCCCGGCGGACACACUCCUUCUCUUGGACCAAGUCGGUGCAGUUAGUCCUGGGCUCAGGCACCAUCAGCCUGGAGCAGCACCUGGCUGUGCGAUGGAAUGGCUCCCGUGUGGCCCUGCCCUGCCGCGGGCCCUACUUCCAUGUGGACCUGGAUGGCUACCUGUUGAAGGUGACCACUAGAGCAGGUUUGGAAAUAUCUUGGGAUGGAGACAGCUUUGUAGAGGUCAUGGCUGCCCCUCAUCUCAAGGGCAAGCUGUGUGGUCUUUGUGGCAACUAUAAUGGACAUAAACGUGAUGACUUAAUUGGUAGAGAUGGAAGCUUUAAGUUCAGUGUGGAUGACUUUGCUGAGUCUUGGAGGGUGGAGUCCAAUGAAUUCUGCAGCCAACCAUGGAGGAGACCAGUACCUGAACUGUGCCGUGGGACAGUGAGGGUGAAGCUGCGAGCCCAUCGAGAGUGCCAGAAGAUCAAGUCCUGGGAGUUUCAGACCUGCCACUCCACGGUGGACUAUGUCACGUUCUACAGGUCCUGUGUGACAGACAUGUGUGAGUGUCCAGUCCACAGAAACUGUUACUGUGAAUCACUCCUGGCCUAUACCCGGGCCUGCCAGAGGCAGGGUGUCAAGGUGCACUGGGAACCACAGCAGGAUUGUUCAGCCACACAGUGCAAGCACGGUACUGUGUAUGACACCUGUGGCCCAGGGUGUGUGAAGACCUGUGACACCUGGAAUGAGAUCAGUCCUUGCAACAAGCCAUGUGUGGCAGGCUGCCACUGUCCAGCCAACUUGGUCCUGCACAGGAGACGUUGCAUCAAGCCAGUCCUUUGUCCUCAGCUGUGACUUUCGUGUCAGCCAUCGAGACUGAAACCUGGUGUCCUUGACACUGAAGUGGAAAAACCAGGGAAGAACUGCAGUGUAUGUGUGCCCAAC